UAAAUAAUUAGAUAGAAUGCCAGGCUGGCACCAUUUUCAGACAUGGGAAGUAAAAAAAAUUAAAAAAAUAAAAAAAAAACGAGGCGAAACGACCCAAUUUUCAAAUUCCCCAAAUGUCUCCACGUCAGCGAACAUACACAUUCUAGAACAAUAUCCAUUCUACCAGAGAGCCCGAGCGACCCCUCUGCUUUCUCUCUCCAGAAACUUCUCUAAUCUUCCGUAACCACCCUAUAAAUAACUAACCCCACCGUCACUCAUCAGUCAUCGAGAAAAAAUCACAGCUCAAAACCGAUCAAAAAAGGAAAAAAAAGUUGCUGCAGAAUUUGAAGAGAGAAAGAAGGAAAUGGAUUUCAGGCUAAUGGGACUCGACGCCCCCCUCCUCCACACCAUCCAGCACAUGCUCGACGGCGACGACGUCGGCGGCGACGCGGCGAAGUCGGGCGGCGGCCCCACCAGGACCUACGUCCGCGACGCCAGGGCCAUGGCGGCGACGCCGGCGGACGUGAAGGAGUACCCGACCUCGUACGUGUUCGUGAUCGACAUGCCGGGGCUCAAGUCCGGCGACAUCAGGGUGCAGGUGGAGGAGGACAACGUGCUGAACAUCAGCGGCGAGCGGAAGAGGGAGGAGGAGGAAGGGGCCAAGUACGUGAGGAUGGAGCGGAGGAUCGGCAAGUUCAUGCGGAAGUUCGUGUUGCCGGAGAAUGCCAACACGGAUAAGAUCACGGCGGUGUGCCAGGACGGCGUGCUCACCGUGACGGUGGAGAAGCUGCCGCCGCCGGAGCCGAAGAAGCCCAAGACCAUUGAGGUUAAGAUUGCGUGAGGGGAUGAAUGGUGGUGGUGCCUAAAGGAAAGAAUGGGAGCUGGUGUCAAAUAAAUGGUGUUUUCUGCUGUUUUUGUCGAUCAAUUCCAUCAAAUCUUCUAGUUGAUUGAAAUUUGGUCGGUUUAGUUUGAAUUUCACCUUGUUGCUGCAGUGGUUUUUUUUUUUUUUUUUCUAGUUUCUUUUUUGGUGAUUGAUGGAUGAUCUAUGUACUAGAUAAUCCCUAUCUUCUUAAUAUGAAAUAUGAAUUCGUGAUCCUACGUUACAA